GGAGCAAUGGGGCUUUCACGUUUGGGCGCGCGUUUGACGCACGGCUCUGGUCGCUGAACCUCGCCGGGAACUGCAGGACCUGCCGGGCAGGAGGAGGGAGGCAAGUGGACUCGUUGCAACACCGGGCCUUUUGGUCGUUUAUGUUCGCAUCGACAGCUCACAGAGCACAGCUCUGUUAACCUGGACUGUUACGCAGCGAACCACAUCUUCGACAUAGACACGGAAGAUUGCAAUAAUGAGAGUGAGACAGUAAAAGACCUUACAGCAACACACUGGAAUCCAAGGAGUAGGCCAGUCAAGGAUGCUGGAGGCAGAUGCAGGUGCAGUCCCGGCGGAGCACGGAGACGCUGAGAUGGACGGCGGAGAUUUGAGAGCCGAGGUGGUGCGGCUGACUUUGGAGCUCCAAGAAGCAACGGAGGAGAAGCUGCAGGCCGCCCGCUAUGGCCUAGUGGUGCUGGAGGAGAGUUCGACUCUUAAAGUCAAACACCGUCAACUGGAAGAGGAGCAUGAAACUCUCAAAGUGGAGUUACAGGAGCUCAAAGAGGCCUUUGCAGAUUCUGUGAGCAGUCAAAAGCGAGCAGCUGCUGAUGGAGAGUGCCGGGAGGAGAGUUUGCUACAAGAGACAGCCUCUAAGGAGGCUGCUAUGGCAACACGCUUGAUAGAAGUCCAGGCCGAGCUAAAACAAGCACGCCUUGCACUCGGCAAUGCUCACGGAGAGAUUGACAGACUUGGAGGAAUCUCAAAUCAACUGAAGAAGGAUUGUGAGUGUCUGGAGGCAGAAAAAGGACACCUUAGGGAUGAAAUGAAGGAAUAUAAAGUGCGUGAGCUGCGCCAGUUACAGGAUAACGGUGAGCUGGAAGAAGAGAACAUAUCGCUUCAAAAACAGGUGUCUUUGCUCAAGGAAAACCAGGUUGAGUUUGAAUCACUGAAGCUUGAGCUGAACCAAAAGAAUGAGGAGCAGGAGGAGCUGCGGGCUCAGAUGGAGGAAGCUGCCAGGCUGCGGGAGAUUGCAGAGCAUCAGUUGGAUGAGGCCCUAGAAUCCUUAAAAGAGGAGAGGGAGCAGAAGAACAGUCUACGACGGGAGCUUUCUGCCUUUACUCUAAACCCCUUUGAUUCUGUGGGAAACCUGGAGAUCCACUUAGACCAGCUGGAUAACAGCAAGGAGGACGCUCAGGCCGGAGAGGGUGAAGAUCAGGGAGAGGACCAAGACAGUGGCAAUGCUCCAGGGUCUGCCCCAAAUUCUCCUCAUUCUCCUCAAAUUAGGGGCUCUAAAAGUAAUGGCGUCAUACCUCGUUACUCCAGUCCACGCAACAGCGAUGUAUUCUUGCGUGCUCCGGCCUCUGGGCUGGUGUCUGACCUGCUGAGCGAGCUCCACUUUUCUGACAGUCAGAAACUCAAACAGCAACUCCUACAGGCUGAAAGAGAGAAAUCAAGUCUUACAAGCAAGGUGGAGGAGUUACAAAUGCAGCUAGUGAUGUCCAGACAAGCACUGAGUCAGCAACAGGACAAAGUUGGUUCCCUCACCCAACAGCUGGAAGCUGUGCAGAGUAGCCAAGAGCACAACCAUCAGUCAGAUGAUAGAGGCGAUGACGACGCUAAAAACCGAGACCAUAGUGAUGUCGUCUUUGACUACGAGGUUGACACAAAGAGCAAGGAAGUGCUGGAGGCGCGUAUGCGUUCGGCCAGUGAAGAGCUUCUGAAGCUGCGGGAUGAACUGUCUCAGGCAGGCACUCGCUAUAAUACACUGGAGCAGCGAUACAAACACGAGAAGGAUCGUUGGCGAACUGAGGCCCAAGAAUUGGCUGACAAGAUUCGCCAAUGCAUCAAGUCCAGCAGGCAGGACCAGGAGCGGAUCAGUGAGCUGGAGAUUGAGAUUGGAGCCACACGAAAAGUGGCAAGUGAUUCUGAAGGUCAUCUGAGUGUGGCUCAGGAAGAGCUGCUGGCCUUUUCUGAAGAGCUGUCCAACCUCUAUCACCACAUCUGUGUGUGUAACAACCUAACACCCAAACGGGUCACGCUGGACUAUUACCGUGAAAGUGCUAGGGCACAUGGUGGAGUUGGUGCGAGAAGGUCACUCAACAUCUCCACCCAGCCAAACUCCCUAAAGAAGACACGAGCCAAUGACAUGUUCAUUUCAAAAGCUUCAGCUUUGCAGUUUAUGGGGGAGGUGGACAGUGCAGGAUCCUCUGUAGACUCGCCUCAGUGCCCUGGUUCGCCCAACCUGGAUUUUAGGGACCCCUCUAACGUAAGCAACUUGGUUGCAGUCAUCAGAUGCCAGAUCAAACACCUCCGGGUGGCAGUGGACCUCUGUCGUCAGCGGGGUGCAAUGCCUUACUCUGGGUUGAGUAGCACUGUCGAAAUGGAGAGAGAUGCUGAAAGCCUGCUAGAGGAAGUACUCAAACUUAAGUCCCUUCUUAGCACCAAGAGGGAACAGAUCGCUACUCUAAGGACUGUCCUCAAGGCCAACAAACAGACUGCUGAGUUGGCCCUAUCCAAUUUAAAGACCAAGUAUGAGACAGAGAAAAGCAUGGUAUCAGAGACAAUGAUGAAACUACGCAACGAACUCAAAGCCCUGAAGGAAGAUGCUGCCACAUUCUCAUCACUACGAGUGAUGUUUGCAAGUCGGUGCGACCAGUACGUUACCCAGCUGGAUGAAAUGCAGAGGCAACUAGCAGCUGCAGAGGACGAGAAGAAGACACUGAAUUCUCUGCUGCGCAUGGCUAUCCAGCAGAAAUUGGCACUCACUCAGCGCUUGGAAGAUCUGGAGGCCCCCUUAUCUCCUCACAGCUUGAACAGCAGCCCUCGUCGCUCCAGAGCAAAGGAGUUAGCCACUAAGUCAGGACGAGCUCCAAGGAGCCCACGAAGUAGCCCCGCGCGUCCCCCCAUGAGGAGCAGCCCGCGAGCUAGUCCAGUUCUUGGGAGCAGCGUUCCUGCCAUGGCCACGCACCACUUGCGAGCUCUCACACGAAGCCUCCACACAAGCCCUCGCUGAAACUCUCCUCCAUUACUCCAAACCCUUUCUUCUCCAAAAGGACCCGUCUUCAUGUUGACUCCCUGGUUCCCUCCUCCCUACCUGACUCAAGGCAUCUUGUUCAUCCUCGAUGUGGUGCUGCAUCUCCCACUCUUCCACCAGAAACAUGGAUAAAAGUAAAAUACAACUCUCAUCCAACUCUCUUGCAUGCAGCCUGGAGAUGGAUGAAGAGGAAAAAAUGUGCUGCUGCUUAUUAUUAUUAUUAUGUCAAGUCCUUGAUUGUGUCUUCCAUCAACUUCCAUCUGGUCUUGAUCAAGGUUGUGUGUUGUGAGUUACCAUUGACAGUAUUUAUUUUGCAGUCUAUUGUGUUUCCAUUUAAGCCUCUCUUUGAAGAUUAUGUCUUUGCAAUCUUGCCUUUAGUCUGCUCAGGACUUUUGGUGUCUUUUAGGGUCAUUAAGCAAGUAGGUCAUCCUCUUGACCCCUAGAUUAAUGUGUUUUACUGAACAAUGCAGCCUUACUGACACUCUCCCGCUCUGUUUGCUAGUGACUAGCCUGCUAUUUUUCUUAGUCGAAAUCCCCUUUUUUUUUUUUUCUUAGAUUUGUUUGGCCUUGGAACUGGCCUGCAAAACACAUGUUUUAACACGAUUUCAGCAGACAGCAUUUCCUUCUGACGGAAAUAAACAGCCAUAUAUACCCCACCUCAGGUCAAAAGACAAAUAUUUAUGAUGUAUAAUUUGUAAAAUCUUGAUUGUGCAUCUUAUUUUGUCAACAGUGCUGACAAAUUCAGGACAGUCUGUACGCUUUUAACGGCAUUUGAAACAUCCUGCUGCUUAACUUGCUUGUGAUUUGUUUUGGCACAAGUAGCCACUUGAUUAGCAAAUCAUAAAGUGCGAGUGCUAUUACACCACUUGGCAGUCAGUUGACCAAACUUGCAACCUUUAUUCUGCUCAUUUUCUGGUCAUUCAUAGCAGAUUGCAUUACCCAUAGAAAGCCAGUUUCGUUUACAUUGUUUUCACUUUGGAGCUCAGAGCAAGCUGAUGAUCGGUCUGCUGCUGGCAGUGAUUAAAAAAACAAAAACGUACAAUUUGAAAGCAGUAGCAAAGUGUGUCUUGCUUUUACAAAAGUAAAUUAAUUUAGGAAAACUAAAUAUUUUAGCAGGAGCAGUAAAAAAAAUGUUGCUGUGCUGGCUAAGUGAGCUUGGGCCUUGCGUUGCAAAGAAAGGACAUGGUGAAAAAUGAUGCAGUAAAAAUAACUGAGUACAUGGAUCAGAUAUACCCUAUAGAAUAGAUUAAUACAUCUGUCUACACUGUAACUAUUACAGUGCUUCUAAAUGAGUAUGCUCCGGCUGAGAACAUUCAAAACACUUAAAAUAGCUGUUACAACCUUUUAAAUUAGACUCCUAUGCAUGCGUCAAAUUGCUUGGAGAGGCAACCUCCUGUUUUUUUUCUCCAAACUAUUUGUUUUUGUGCCUUUUUGUUUUGAAUUUGUCUCCUGUUUUGGACUGUUUUUGGUGUGUCAGUCACUGGAGAUAAUUAAUGUUUCACUUUGUCACAUAUAGGAUGCUAACACAAACAAUAGGUGUUGGGUUCAUAUCAAUGCCUUUUAUUUAAACACCUGCUGUUAUUGCACUGGAGAACUGUUGCACCAAAGUUUGGCAGAGAGUUUCUUUGCGCCUCCAGACAGCAUGUUGAACAACCUAUACCAUUAAGUUCCACCACUAGUAUGAAAAUACAUUUAAUGUGCCCCGGGCCCUUCUGGUACUUCAUUACUUCACACUGUUCAGUUUAGCUUUUGUGCGCCUUGUCGAAGACAAAACACUGAUUUGAAGGACUUGUCAUUGCAGUUGCGAUCAAACAGCAUUGUCGUCAAUAAGAUGAUCAAAUAUUUUCACUUUGUAGCUUAGGCAAUAACUGGUUGAACUAAUGUACCCCUUCAAAAAAUUAAUCUAGGAGACACUCGCAUGUUUUCUGCACAACCUUAGCUAAAAAGUGAAAAUGUUUUAGGAGAAUGUUGUCUUUGACGGUUGUAAAUUGAUUUUCCAAUCUAUUUAAUUCAAAAUGUAUAAUUUAAUUUUUAUUGUUGUGGAUGUAAAAAAUAUUUAUGCCGUGUGCUUUCUGUAUAAAUUGCUCUAGUCCAUGUCAUGCACACACUCCACAUCAUUUAAAUUUGUAUGCCCUCAUGACCUGUGAGCCAGUUUUGCCCUGAACAAUAAAUCGAACAACA